UCAAGACAUGUGGCCAUUUUUUUUUUUUUUGGACCGGUAGCUGUAAACAAUAACAAAUAAAAUUUAUAAAAUAAUUGUUAAUGAUGUUUAAAAGAACAGUAUCAUUGUGUUGUUUAAGAAAUAAAAUAUUAUUUAAUGACAGUGUUAGAUAUAAUAGUAAUGAUAAAAUUGAAAAUUGGAUAACAAAUAAAUUACAGCCGAGGUAUGAAAAGGUUAAACCACCAUAUGAUCAUGUUUGUCAAGUUGGUGAUCCAGUUUUACGUGUUGAUGCUGGACCAGUUGAUCCAAAAAUUAUACCAACUGUUGAAUUUAAAAAGAAUGUUGAUUUAUUGAUUAAAACAAUGAGAAGAUAUGGAGCCUAUGGUCUUGCAGCACCACAAAUUGGUUUGUCAUUACAAUUAUUUGCAAUGGAAACAACAAAAGCACAACUUGAUGAUGCAGUACAAUCAAAAAGUGCUGGUCAACCAAUGGAUGUUGUACCAUUAAAAAUAUUUAUAAAUCCAAAAAUGAAAAUACUUGAUCAUACAACAACUAGUUAUCCAGAAAAUUGUGCUAGUAUUUGUGGAUUCUCGGCUCAUGUACCUCGUGCAAAGUCAUUGGAAAUUGAAGCACUUGAUUUGGAUGGUAAAUUAUUUAAAUGGAAGGCUGAAGGUUGGCCUGCUAAAAUAGCACAACAUGAAAUGGAUCAUUUACAGGGUAAAGUAUUUACUGAUAGAAUGAAUCCACAAACAUUUUCAUGUGCUAUUUGGGAUGUUGUUAAUACAAGACGUGGAAAAGUACAAAUUAAAUUUGUACCUGAUGUAGGAACAUUUAGUGAAUUUAAAAAAAUAUUUUACAAAUAAUAAUUUAAAUAUUAUGUAGUUGAUUUCUUGCUUGUUUUAUUUUUUUUUUAUAAAACAAAUUAUUUUACAUAAUUAAAAUAAAUUAAUAUGAUCCCAAAAAACAAGGAUCACCUGAUGAAAUAUCGUUGUUAAAAAAUUAUCAUUUAUUCAUCAUUAAGCAGAUAAUUAUUUAGGAAUAAUUAACUUUUUCAUCAAUACUUGUAUAAAAAAAUUAACUGUGAUUAUUAUAUUUACAAAAAAGUCUUUUUUUAAAAAGAACAAAAUCAUCUGAUAAAAAUUUAAAAAUAAAAUAUCAAAGUUAAUAUAAAAGAGUUAAUCAAAAGUUGAUGAACUUGUUUUAAAAAAAAUAAUAUUUAAUGAUUUUUUAAAAAGCGAUUAAAAUAUUCUACUGAUAAACUAUGUCAUUUAUAUUUAACUUUGUCAUCGCUGUUGUUUUAUAAUAUCAAUUUUAAUUAUUUUAUUAUACAUUUUGUUUUAAUAAUGUUUUUUUUUUUUUUAAUUUAAGUUUAUUUAAUACUUGGCCCAAGAAUGAUUAAUUAAAAAAAAAUACGUGUCCACAGAUAAGGAUUAUGGGCAUGUCUGGGAAACUAUUAAAAAUAGAAUAUAAAAAUUUUAAAAAAUCUAUUAUCUAAAAUGCUGGUUUUUUUUGAGAUAAGAAAGUUUGAUUAUUUGUUAAUAGUCUUGAAAUAGAAUAUUUUUUAUGAUAAAAGUUUGAAAGAUGAAAAUAGAAAUAAGGUGAUCGAAAGUUUUUUUUUUUUUUUAAUCAACAGAAAUAUUAAUGAUAAAACGUGGAUCGAAUUUGAGGUCAAAAGUUUUUUAAAAAAUCAAAUGAGGAAACAUAUAAAUAUAACACGUAUCGAGUUCACAAGCUCAGUUUAUUUUUUGUUGCUAAAGGUGUCGACGUUGAGACAAUAAUAAUUAAGACAAAUAAUUAAAAGUUUAUCUUGGAAAAAUUAUUAUUUUCUUACAAGUUAAUAGACAAUUUUUUUUAUGAAAAUAUUGUUUAAAUAAUAGUUUUUUAAAAUGUCUUUAUUAUCAUUGCAUUUUUUAAUGCUCAUUUGUCUUGUUAAUCAGGCAUACACAUUAAAUUCAAAUACUGAAAAAAAAUUAUUAAAUGACAUUGAAAAUGUUAAAGAUAUAUUUAAAAUUAUGUCAAAUGAAUCUGUAAAUGAGCAAGUGCCUCUAUUAUUCAACGGGACAAAUAAUAAAAUUAAUAAAAUUAAUUUUUUUAAAAAUCAGACAAAUACAAUUAUAAAUAAAAUUUCAAAUGACUUGUCAUUAACUUCUCAGCAAUCAGGUAACAUUAAAUCUAUAGAAUACAUUAUGAAUUUAAUGAUUAAUUACAGUAUUACGGAUGAUGUAAAUACACUAAACAUUGAAGAAUCUUUCAAAAGAUUUAUCAACAGUAUCCAGAAAAUUCGCAGCAGAUAUUGUGGUAGUAAUAUUCCACCAACACAAUUUAUCAUUCAACAAUUAUAUAAUUUUAUAAUUACUGUACAAAUGGAACUAUCAAUAAAUGAUAUUAAUAAUUUAUUUGACCAAUUGAUAAAGAUUGAACCUGUUAAUUAUCAAAGUGUUCAUGAAAAUUUAACACUAAUAAUAAAUGAUA